AUGCCCUCGUCUACCCCCGGCAGCCAGCAAAAUGGCACCGCCGCUGCUCCGAAUCCUACUAUACAAGCAAUGCCGAAUGGGAAAUCGUCAGCGGCGCCACCACAAGCCUCGACAGACGGUGUCGAGCUCAAGAAUAUAACUACCGCAGGCGGACAGGCUGGUGACAAAGCUGCGCUUCCAAUUGAAUCAGAUAUCAUGCAGUUGGCUCGUUUAGGCGAAAUUGGCGCGAUGCAAAAGCUUUUUGACACGAAGAAAUUCAAUGCCAAACACCACGACGAGGAGGGUAUAACGCCGUUACAUUGGGCUGCGAUCAAUAACCAGUAUGCGAUGUGUCGGUUUCUUCUUGACUCCGGAGCAGACGUGAAUGCGAAAGGAGGCGAGUCCGUCGCAACACCUGCCAUGUGGGCUGCACAGCGAUGUCAUUACUAUAUCGUCGAUCUGCUGCUUCAACGGGGUGCUGACCCCCUUCUCACCGACGUCCAAGGAUAUAAUAUCUUGCAUUUGGCUACCAUUGAUGGAAACGCUUAUUUGGUAUUUCUUUUGCUACAUCAAGGUAUCCCAGUUGAUAUCCCAGAUCCUCAGGGACACACUGGUUUGAUGUGGGCAGCGUAUAAGGGCCUUCCGGUUUGCGUUGACCUGUUUCUGCGAUGGGGCGCCAACGUUAACGCGGCCGACGAGGGCGGGCUUACCCCGUUACACUGGGCAUUGGUCAAGGGUUCAUAUAUGUGCGUUCAAAAAGUACUUGAAUAUGGAGCAGACCGGUUCGCGAAAACAAGAGACGGAAAAUCGCCAUCUGAUGUGGCUGGUGAGAUGAAGUCGCUUCGAGUCUAUCAUCGAGCUUUGAAUGACUAUGGAUACGAUAAAAACGGCAACCUGAAAACGCUUCCAUUGGGCAUGACCAUGUUUGUGCACAAUAAGAGUUUAUUGGCCAAGUUCUUCUUCCUAUGGCCGUUCCUCACGCUAUUCAUGUCGAUUUGGAUCCUCAGCAACUCGGCUAUCUACAUUGGCAUUCCAAUUGCGGCAGUGCUCAUCUUUGGCAUGCAGUAUCUGGCUCAACAAGUCGCUAGUAAGGGACCUGGAGAAUUUCGUGUGCUGCAGAAGACGCCAUACCUUGCUGGUGUCUUUGCGGGGAGUCUUUUCUGGGUUGGAGCUACAUAUCUCUUCCGAGUAAUGGCUGUGACGUGGUCCACGCAUCCGAUCUUGAACGUCUUCUUUGCCAUCUUCAUGCUCUUAACGGCAUAUUUUUACAUAUUUGCUAUGAUUGAAGACCCUGGCUACGUACCUAAGCUGGGCAGCAGAAAUCAGCAGAGAGAGACUAUGCGAGAGCUGAUCGACAACUGGAAAUUCAACGAAGAACAUUUUUGCAUUCACUGCAUGGUUCGAAAGCCUCUACGAAGCAAGCACUGUCGUCGGUGUUCUCGGUGUGUCGCCAAACAUGAUCAUCACUGCCCAUGGAUCUUCAACUGUGUUGGUGCGAAUAACCUCCGACACUUUGUCAUCUACAUCCUGUCUCUGGAGAUCGGUAUAGUGCUUUUCAUUCGAUUGGUGGUAUCCUAUACCUUUACCCUUUUCAUCGCUUUCUGGGCUGCCGUGCAGUUGAUUUGGGUAACCAUGCUAUGCUGCGUACAGCUAGUCCAAAUUUCGAGACAUCAAACCACGUAUGAAAACCUUCGCGGUGCUUCGUUUGAUGGACACUCAGCUUCUCAGGCCAUCACAUCAGCUCUUGUGGCAGGAACUCCAUCUCCUGCCGCUGCCGGCCUUACUGGCGCAGGGCACGGUCCUGCACCUCCCACUGCUGGUCCCGGAGGACAUGCGCACCACCACCAUCAGCGUAAAAAGGGGUUCUUGGGACAAUGGAUGGGUCUACUGGGCCUCGACACAUUCUUCGCCACUGCCCAGGGCCGAUCAGCGCAACAGAAGAACCCAUAUUCCCACGGUGUUGUCACAAACUGCAAAGAUUUUUGGUUUGAUUCUGCGCCGAUAUUCCGAAAGCGUGAGCCUGGCUCUGGCAUGCUUGGUGGCGAGGUUGUCAGCUAUUAUACCAUGUACGAGCCGCCGCUGAGAAUCCACGGUGGUCACAGCCGGAGUGGCGCUUAUAUGAGUGUCUCCAAUGAUGAUCCCGAGUAUGCAGUUUGA